AUGGAACAGGUAUUCUUCUCGAAACCCGACACUCCAGGAAUUGAAGGUGUGUCCUCCGCGAAACGAUCGUCUCGAUGUUCAUUGUCCUGCCGGAACGUUUUCGCGUUCGCGGUGACUGAAGCCGAUGACCGGGGAGCUAUUCUCAAGUCUGUGAUCAAUGUGCUUGAUCUCAAUGUGCCGUCGCUACACCAUAAGGUGGCGGAUCACGACAGGCCGAUUAAGUGCGUCGAAUGGGACCGGAAAGGAACCCGAUUGCUGAUUUGUGACGAAGCAGGUUUAAUUCUGAUCUUCCGCAUGCGAGACCACUUCCUCGAUCGUUGGAAUCUGAUCCUGAGAUGCGACAACCCUGGAGAGCGAUUUCUGACUGUGGCUUGGUUCCACAAUGGGGGGACAAUUUCGAUCCACGCCGACGAGGACGACGACUGCGUCGCAAGUCCCCACUAUGAGCUCAAAUACGCGAGCGAGAAGUUCUCCCCGUCUGUACCGUGUGAAGAUCAUCGCAAUUGUCUCGAAGGUUGUGUACUCGUCAGUGCCACGGGCGUCGUUUCUGUGAUUAUCCUAAUCAAAGGAGGCUACAAUCUGAUGAAGGAAAGAUUAUCUCUCUCCCUGUGCACCAUCCGUCAAAUUGAUAUCUGUCAUGGAUCGUCCGGAACCUUAUUGACGGCAAGCAGCGAUGGCCUGCCCUCUUCUGCAGUGAAUAUCACGCGACUGUCCUUGGAAUUGCGAGGGAGUAGAUUCAGAUUACUCCGCUAUCCUUUCAAAAGCUUCUAUCCCGUUUUUCCGGCGGAUCAAAGAACGCGGGCACGCGUGACUCAUUUACGCUUCCUGACCAAAGAAGUUCUCCGUGCGGAUUUCGUCGGUGUCGCGCUCAUGGUCUGCGUGUCCGACAACGAAUGCAGCUUCGUGGAAUUAUGGGAGUACAAACAAGGAGCAACCCACGUUCACAGCGUGCUUGGGGAUGCGGAGCCUAGGCUCAUUCCGAAAUGGCGCGUACACGCUACGACCUCCUGCGAUUCCCUUAUCACGGCUGUGGCGACCUAUAGGCGAAGUCUUUUCAGAAUGGCACCCUAUCCUUGUCCCAUAGUCGUGGCUUCUGAAGAUCAAACACUACGAUGCUUUUCGCGGGUAGGACUCACUGCCAUCAGCAAUUGUUCUAUUCUACCGGCCCCGCCAGCAGACAGCAUUUCCAAGUAUGCUGAGAUGGAAAUGUGUCUCAGCAAUACUGGAAGUAUUUUAAUGAUCGUGAAUGCGUACUCGAGACAGAUUUCCAUGUUCAGAAUGGGGCUCCUGCCAGAUUUACCCACUCGUUUUUCCAACAGAGUCUGGUACUCGACUACGCUGCUUGAGUACUGUUUAGUGUCUGGCGACGAUUGCUUAGACGUUUUAUUGAACACACCUCCAGAUUUCAUCAGAGAGGUGAUCGAGAAACUCGAUACCGACUUCGAAAUUCAGCCAGAUAGGAGCCGCCUCCUCCCUUCCUACCAGGCUUUGAAAGGCCACGUGUUCCGUACUUUCGACUUGAGGCUAGAGGCGAGUUGUUUCGUGAAAAUGAGGCUGUACCUGAUAAGCGAGCACAUCAGAGAUCUGUUGAAGGCGACCAGGAAAGCCGUGAUGCCGGAAUUGGAAAAAAUCAAAAACAUGGUCAAGAAUUAUCAAUACAGACUCGAUGUGUGUGCCGAUCAGUUGAGCUCGCAGGAUUUCUGCUUGAAUGAGGCUAUUCUCGUGUCCUGUCAAUACCAUAUUCAGUGGGUAAAUGAUCUCGCACUGAACUUCGCCAUCUCGACGCCGGACCAUGAACAUCCAGGGAAGACCGUAGCCCCUUUCGACUUCGUCUUGGACGUCGAGAGCAUUCAAGAAAUCCGAGAGCUCUUGGUGAUUUUCGAAACCUGUAAACGGCAAAACCCCGCCUGCCAGCCCCGCUACAUGAGGUUGCCUGCUGAUAAAGAUAUCAUGGGAUGGACAUUUCGAAAAAUGAGUUUGGCUCUCCUGCUGCAUCAAUUACAAUGGAGACUGGAAGUCAUCCGAGACUCUGCUGUACUCGUAGGGGAGCAUUCUGAGCACUUGGAUGUGCCAAUGUAUGAUUCGAUGAUGACCUUCUCGAAAAUAUCUUGCGAAGGCUUCUGCAGGCCGGAGUUGUUCUCGCGAAACUCACCAGUCGAAGUCAGAUACGGUGCCCCUGCAGAUUACGUGGCGGGUUCGUGUAUCUCAUUACGGAGUAUCGAUGGUUAUUUGCCGGUUCUACCGCCGUCGAUGCCCACAGGAAUUGUGUUUGUGGGGAGAAUUGGCGUUUACGUACGGCGGUGUACCCGCUGUUUCAGGAUAGGAUUGAUAAGGAGAGAACGUUGCGGCAAGACUGUUCUCGGGAAAGAGUCUCUUUGGACUGAGAACUGUCCUUGUGGGGGUCAGUGGACCCGCUUCCCCACAAAUCUGUUACGUGAUCUCAAUUGGGACGGCAUCUUGCAAUAA